AUUAAAACCAGCGGACAAGGAGUUAAAUUCACCGUACUACACGGUCUGAGCUGAUUGCGUGUUCUCUUAAAACUCCAGUUCACCGACGAACAACGAAGUAUCGUGGAAUCCAUUUCAUGGGCCGAAGAUUUCUCACUUCUCUUCAGUGAAUCUGGGAAAGUAAUCGUUUUUGGCUUAAUUCUGAUUUGGGUUCUUACUUAUAUAGUCAACAUGCUUCUGGUUUCUCCUGCUUGUAGAGGUGUUUAUCUUCAGACCAUAGAUCCAAAGCCAAUUGAUUUCUCAGCUAGAGCCUCUUAUGCACUUUGCUUUCAGAUUCCUACUUCAAUCCCUAAAAGAGAGUGUUUGAUGAGGUUAGGAACGGUCUUUUGUUUUAAUCAGAAGCAUAGAGAGCAGACAAGUUUUAAGAAACGGUAUGUAUCUACGCAGAAUGUGGAUCUUCCUCCUAUUUUACCAAAGAACAAGAAGAAACCUUAUCCUAUUCCUUUUAAGCAAAUCCAAGAAGAGGCUAGGAAAGAUAAGAAACUUGCUCAGAUGGGUAUAGAGAAACAGUUGGAUCCUCCUAAAAAUGGAUUGCUAGUUCCCAAUCUUGUUCCUGUGGCUGAUCAAGUGAUAGAUAACUGGAAGUUGUUGAUCAAGGGUUUAGCACAGCUUCUUCAUGUUGUUCCCGUCUUUGCUUGUAGUGAAUGUGGAGCGGUUCAUGUGGCUAAUGUUGGUCAUAACAUUAGGGAUUGUAAUGGUCCAACGAAUUCACAGCGACGUGGUUCUCAUUCUUGGGUUAAGGGUACCAUUAACGAUGUUCUUAUUCCUGUUGAGUCGUACCACAUGUAUGACCCUUUCGGGCGGCGGAUUAAGCAUGAAACACGGUUUGAGUAUGAAAGAAUCCCAGCACUUGUUGAGCUAUGUAUUCAAGCUGGAGUUGAGAUCCCUGAGUAUCCUUGUCGCAGAAGGACACAGCCAAUCAGAAUGAUGGGGAAGAGAGUGAUCGAUCGAGGUGGAUAUCAUAAAGAGCCUGAAAAGCCUCAGACAUCAUCAUCAUUAUCAUCUCCAUUAGCCGAGCUUGAUACUCUUGGUGUUUUUGAAAGGUAUCCACCUCCCACUCCAGAGGAUAUACCUAAGAUAGCACAGGAAACAAUGGAUGCUUAUGAGAAAGUGAGAUUGGGGGUGACGAAAUUAAUGAGGAAAUUCACAGUGAAAGCAUGCGGAUAUUGUUCUGAAGUGCAUGUAGGACCAUGGGGACAUAGUGUAAAGCUGUGCGGAGAGUUCAAGCACCAAUGGAGAGAUGGGAAGCACGGAUGGCAAGAUGCUCUUGUGGACGAAGUCUUUCCUCCAAACUAUGUAUGGCAUGUGAGAGACCUUAAGGGAAAUCCGCUUACCGGAAACCUCAGAAGGUUUUAUGGUAAAGCCCCUGCUUUGGUUGAGAUUUGUAUGCACAGUGGAGCUCGGGUUCCUCAACGCUAUAAGGCCAUGAUGAGGCUUGACAUCAUUGUUCCUGAUUCACAGGAAGCCGACAUGGUCGCAUAAGUCCUUGGAAAUGUUCAAAGUAGAACUCCUUUGUUAGGAUAAAGAAGCUGAAAAUAAAAUGAGCUGGCUAGCUAGGAUCUUUCCUCGUAGGAGACAUUAGAAAUCUUGUCAUAUAGUGUAUUUUGCAAUUUGGGUGUAAAAUAUUUUAGAAAUCUUGUCAUAUAGAAAUAUUUUAGAUAUUUGUUUGAUUCUCUAUCAUUGACAACUAACCCGGUCACUGGUAAUUAUAAUGGAGACGACUUCAGUGGUAUUUGUUUAAAUUAUUUCUUUGUCUUGAAAGAUUCUAAAGAUGUUUUGAUCCAACG